UCGGCGUUCUUCUCACCACUUCCUCUGUAAAUUCUCAGUCUCCCAGCCACUGAUACAUGAACUGAUUAAGAUAAGAUGGCAUCAGUUGAGCUGCCAGCAGCCCAGAAAAUGACAAGUUUAGCAGAUUUUGAUCCUCCCAAGAAGCCCAAAAGGAACAAGUUUGCUCUCGCUUGUGCUGCUUUGGCCUCCAUGACUUCCAUCUUGCUUGGCUAUGAUAUUGGUGUCAUGAGCGGAGCUAUUCUCUACAUAAGGAAAGACCUACACAUCUCGGACGAGAAAGAGGAAAUCCUCAUGGGGAUAAUCAACCUCUACUCUCUCAUAGGCUCCUACCUCGCCGGAAGAACCUCCGACUGGAUCGGCCGUCGUUACACCAUCAUCCUCGCCGCUGCAAUCUUCUUCGUCGGUGCUCUUCUCAUGGGCUUCUCCCCGAACUACGCCUUCCUCAUGUUCGGCCGUUUCGUUGCCGGCAUAGGCAUCGGCUACGCCCUCAUGAUCGCCCCCGUCUACACCGCCGAACUCUCCCCCACCUCCUAUCGUGGCUUCCUCACUUCCUUCCCGGAGGUUUUCAUCAAUUCCGGGAUUCUGUUUGGAUAUAUCUCCAACUUUGCAUUCUCCAGGCUGCCACUUUGGCUAGGCUGGCGGCUCAUGCUCGGAGUCGGCGUCGUUCCUUCGAUCUUGAUCGCACUAGGAGUGUUAGCCAUGCCGGAGUCGCCUCGAUGGCUGGUGAUGAAGGGUCGGCUCGGCGAAGCACGCCGAGUCCUUGAGCGAACUGCGGAUUCUGAAGAAGAGGCUCGGCUGAGGCUAGCCGACAUCAAGUCAGCGGCUGGGAUCCCCGAGAGCUGCAACGACGACGUCGUUCAGGUCAGCAAGCAGAGCACACGCAAAGGCGUGUGGAAGGAGAUGUUCAUUACGGCUACACCCGCCGUUCGACACAUCGUCCUCGCUGUCGUCGGCAUACACUUCUUUCAACAAGCCAUUGGCUUAGACUCCGUCGUUUUGUACAGCCCCACAAUCUUUGAGAAGGCUGGCAUCACAUCCGAUAGGCAAAAGCUUCUCGGAACCGUAGCCGUGGGAUUCACCAAGACGAUCUUCAUCUUGGUGGCCACGUUCUUGUUGGACCGGGUCGGGCGACGGCCGUUGUUGCUCAGUAGUUUUGGCGGUAUCAUACUCUCACUUUUUACUCUCGGCACGUGCCUCACGGUCAUCCAGCACUCGGAUACCAAAGUGAAGUGGGCCGUUGGAUUGAGUAUCGCCACAGUGUUAUCCUCCGUGGGGACGUUCUCGAUCGGGGCCGGCCCGAUCGCGUGGGUGUAUAGCACGGAGAUCCUUCCGUUGAGGCUACGCGCUCAGGGUGCGGCUAUGGGAGUCGUGGUGAAUAGAACGAUGAGUGGCGUGAUCUCAAUGACCUUUUUGUCCUUAUCGAAGGCCAUGACAAUUGGUGGGGCCUUCUUUCUGUAUGGAUCCAUUGCGGUCAUUGGAUGGAUCUUCUUCUAUACUCUCUUCCCGGAAACACAGGGCAAAACCCUCGAGGAAAUGGAGGGGUCUUUCGGUAAAUUCAGGGCGAAGCCAAGAAACGUGCCUAGAGCACCGAACUCCGACAAAGAUCGGGACAAACCCAUCCAAUUACAAAACAUGGAUCGAGUUUAAGGGCUUCUUUUUUUCUGUCAAAUGUAAGUUUUCUUUUCUUCUGUUUAAUAUGAUUACGAGAUAUGAUAAGCCUUGUGUGGCUGAAAAGAAAGUGGUCCGAUCGAGUGGCUAAAAUUUGAUAAUCAUAUAUGGUGAUGUGUAAUGGGCAUUAAAACCAUGCCUUAAAAAUAAUUAAAAGUCAUCUAAUUACGUUUAUCAAUCACGUUAAUAACGAAAAGGGUUAAAGCAGAUCA